AUGGCGACCUCUUUUAAUCCACCAACCGCCUUUCGCUUCCUCAAACCGCCAUUCUCUUCUUUUCCUUCACAAUCAUCCUCACUUUCCCAUUCUCUUCCUCAAUCGCAUUGCACCUUCAAAUUCCCAACCACUCGCUGCCGUUACUCAUCUCUUGAAGUUAAAGAUGUUAGUUAUCAACCUCCAGGGACUCAGCUUAAUCUUCUCAAUUCAGUUAGUUUUUCGCUUCCAGAGAAAAGUUUUGGUCUAAUUUUUGGACAGAGUGGAAGCGGAAAAACAACACUUUUGCAGCUUCUUGCAGGAAUAAGCAAACCAACAUCUGGAUCUAUUUACAUCCAAAAAUAUGGGGAUGAUGGAAAUCCUAGUCAAUCUCCGGAGCCCUUGGUGCCAGAAAGGGUUGGUAUUGUCUUCCAGUUUCCAGAGAGGUAUUUUGUUGCUGAUACUGUACUUGAUGAAGUCACUUUUGGGUGGCCAAGGCAAAAGGGUAAUGAUCAAUUAAGGGAGAAACUUGCGCUAGGGCUUCAGAGGGCAAUUAAUUGGGUUGGAUUAAGUGGGAUAUCAUUGGAUAAGAAUCCUCACUCCCUCAGCGGUGGUUACAAACGUCGCCUAGCCUUGGCCAUCCAGUUAGUGCAAGUCCCUGAUUUAUUGAUAUUGGAUGAGCCUCUUGCUGGACUUGAUUGGAAAGCGCGUGCGGAUGUUGUGAAGCUUUUAAAGCAUCUAAAAAAAGAAUUAACUGUGCUAGUUGUCAGCCAUGACUUGAGAGAGUUUGCGAGUCUAGUUGAUCAAUCAUGGAGGAUGGAAAUGGGUGGCAAUCUUAGACAGGAGUUACUACCGUUAUAA